AUACCGAAAAAUCCUAGCAGAUCGUUAAAAAGUGCAUUUUUCAGUAUAAAAAGAGACGUCGGUGCUUUCCGAGACAAAUUCAUAACUCAUUGAAGAAAGCUCGCACCGAGUCGUACAACGUCUCAUUUUGACGAGAAAAGUCUGCUCUAUUUUGCUGAAUGAUCGAAAAUGACUUUUAACUGACUUUAAAAAUGUUGAAAACUUAAGGCUUUUAAAUUUUUAGAAUUUCAUCUUUUUUAAACCUGCUAAAGUUAAAUGAAAAGUUUUCUUCUUACAUGCCUAGAUACUCCAAAGUGUUCUCUACAUAAAUCUGUUCUCGGGUUUAUUCUAGCUACUUUAGUUUACUAGAAAACUCAAAAAUAAAAUGUGCACUAAAUUUUUGUCCGUCACUUUAUAUAUAAGUUUAUAUAUUACUCAAGAAACUAUCUAGUUCUUGUAUUAAGUCAGAGAAAACUCUUUACAUACACAUAAAGGUGAAAUAACAAACUUGUUUCCUCUGACAAUCAAGAGCGAUCUCUCUUUUAGACGUCAAAACUCUGUAUUCUGUGAAUUCACACAUAUUCUAAAAUAAGUUCAUAUAUAAAAUUGAGGUAGAUUAUAUUUGAUUCAAAAUCUGACAUCAUCGUUCAAUCGAGUGAAGUUUAGAGUUCCAGCUAAUAUGUAUGUUGAAUAUUCUAACACAAGUCAAAGCUCAUUUUGAUCCGCUAUAUUAGAAGAAAAAAGGAAUGUAGCUCCUGAAUUCACCAGAAGUAUAAGACUAAAGCUAAUUAUUAAUAUUUCACAUGGCUAGUAAGAACUCUAUACAUUUCUUGAUAGAAAUUUAGAGAAAUCCUGCCAAGAUCCUUUCAGGAUUUAGUUUACUAUAGACAGGAUCUUUUACAAAAUUAUACAUGAAAAUAUCAUUAGAAUGUCAGACAACGGCUUAGUCGCCUCUCAAAUUAAUAAAGUUAUGGAAGUGUUACACCUAAGUUUGUCUAUUGAUACAAAAGCUAGGAAUGUUUCUCGUGUUCACCGUCCGAAAGAUCGUUCAAGUAUUAAAUUCAUUCAAGAAUUUAUAACAAUGAUGUUCAUCACAUCAAAAUGUACCACAAUCAAAGAAACAACACGACAUAUUUAUACCUUAUUAUGUCGCUAAUGAUGUAAAUGAUUCUUUUAGAUGUUUAACAACACGUCAUUUAUUAUCUGCAUGUAAAUAUUCAUCCAUAUUGGCUAUUGACUGCACUUACAAAAUAACAACAAAUGAAUUACCAUUAUUAGUAUUUGGGGCAUCUGAUUGUAAUCGUAGAUUUUAUUCAGUGAGUAUUUGUUUAAUAUAUACAGAUCCAUCAGCUGAUAGAUUUCGUACAUUAUUUUGUGUAUUCAACACUGGGCUUCAGCAGUUAAUAAUCAAAGCCUACACAAUCUCACAUGUUAUGGCUGAUGCAUAUAUGUAG